UAAUUUUUGUGUACGAAUUGGAGUAAUCGAUUAAGCGCGUAACCAAAGUAAUUUACUUCGUGCUGUACGCUAAGUAUUUCACAGCUAAUUAACAAACGUUAUCAUAUCGAUAUUAUGUCGCAGUAAUUAACGUUCUGUAUUACAUGUGUAUGCAGGACGCGAUAUAAGUUGCGGUUCAGCUGUCAGAUGACAGUAAUAUUUAUUCUUUUGUAGAAUAUGCUGAUGAACUAAGUCAAACAGCCAAAUUGAUAUGCAUCAGUGCCCUUGUCUGAAACUGCAGUAGCCCGAGGUGUUGAAUAGUUGUGAUUAUGCUGCUUAUUCAGUAUUUUAUUUCGUAGGUGUUGUGUGUCAUUUUUGUUAAGAGGCAAAAAUAAGUAUCUAUUUUGCGUGUGUGCGACAAGAUAGAAUAAUUUUUGUGUGAUAGUAAAGACAGUAGCCAUACAUUGUUCACCAACGCAACAUUUCAAACGUGCAGUGACAAAAUAUGGGGAGCAGUCAGCUGUACAGUUUGUCAUGGGGAGAGUUUGGUACGUCGCUUGUAUCUGCCGUUCAGCUACUGAGAUGCCAUGGAGAUCUUGUUGAUGUGACGCUGGCAGCUGGUGGCCGCAGUUUUCCCGCACAUAAAAUAGUCCUCAGCGCAGCAAGCCCAUUUCUUCUGGACCUUCUGAAGAGCACACCUUGUCAGCAUCCUGUGGUCAUGCUUGCUGGAGUGACAGCGCACGAUCUGGAAGCUCUGCUAGAAUUUGUGUAUCGGGGAGAGGUUAGUGUGGAUCCUAACCAGUUGCCGUCUUUGCUUCAGGCAGCUCAUUGUCUGAAUAUUCAGGGCCUGGCGCCAGGGACCUUAAAUGCAGAGACUAUGUACAGCUUGCAUAAACUUGAUGAUAUGCAUCCUUCUCCUGCAUCUCAUGAAGCUCUGUCGAGAGAUGUCAUUAACUCCUUUUUACCGAUAAGGAGGAAGAGAAAAACAAAACGAAGAGAAUCUACAGGAAAUGCCUCAAGCACAGGGUCUAGUGGCUCGAAGUGGGCCCGUCAUGAUAGUCUCUCUGCAGAUUCAGAAAAUCAGCCAGCUAAUCACCAUCAGAAUUCAUCACAUUCAUCUCACAUACCAGAGUCUGAUGUCCUCUCUAAUCCGGAUACACGUAAGAAUGAUGAUGGUGAAAGCAGUAAUCAGUCAGCGGAUGAAACAGAGAUAGGGGCAAGUGGCUUCACAGGAGAAGUUGUGACCAAUCAUUCCUUCAACAUGGCAAAGUUUAUCGGCAGCAGAGUAUCAGCUGCCCAAAGAGAAAUCCACAAAGUGCAAGUACAGAGUGAGGUUGUCAACACUGGACUAGUACAACACAUUCAGGGCAGCUUCAUACAGCACAGUGAUGAUUCUGGCACAGCUUUCAAUGGAGUUAUAGGCCACUUGAAUACAGGAGUGUCACCUGCAUCGGGAAGUGGCGGUACGAAGAUCCGAGGGGCUUCAGACCAACCGGGUGCGUGCCCCCUGUGUGGCGCACUGCUGCGCCAGGCACGCAACCUGCGGCGGCACCUGCUGACGAGCUGCAAGUACCGCAUGUCGGUCGGUCCCGGAGGGGGUCCAGGUGUCGGUGUUGGGGUAGGAGCAGCCUACUCCCAGCAGCCAUCUGCCCUCGAGCCUGAAGUGCAGCUGCAGCAGCCCGCUACAUUUGCAUCGCUCUUGCCUGUAGCACUGCCCCAGCCUGGCCGUCCUUCCAGCCCACUGCGACCACUGUCUCUCCAGCAGCAACAGUCAACCUCACAGUCACAGGCUCAGGAAGACACUCCGAUGCGAACAGUGCUCCUCCACGUGCAGCAUUCACACCAGUCCUCACAGCCGCUGCUGCCGCUGCCACCCGAGGAACGCUCCGUCCAGCUGCCACUACCGGUGCCACUGCUCGCCCCUCUGCACCUUCAUCACUCUCCACAGCAGCGACGACAGGAGACGGCCUGUGAGCAGAUAGUGUGCAAAGUGUCCCCCGUGCCCUCGCCGUCGCCUGGUCCUUCCGCACCUUGUGCCGAUUUGGUGUCUCCGGCGGCAGUGGAGUGCCGCAGGGUAGCGGGCACGCCACCCGUAGCACAGCAGAGUCAGCAGUGAGAAUCGUCCUCCUUUACUUUUUGAGGCUGCGGGAACUCUGCAUUUCUCAGGCACCUUCUCUUUCUGAGAUCACAACUCACUUCCUUUUUGUGUGUCAUUUCCUGUGACUCAUUUUGGAUAGUUUAGCUACAUCAUGUGCACACUAAGAAGUCUCUCGGUGAGGUUGCUAGUGGGAGUAACUGAAUUUAUAAAAAUUCAUUGGUAUUGCUAAAACUAACUAGUAGAAAAUACUUUUCAGUGGGUGUACACUUAAAACAAGCAGAAGCAAUAUAUGGAGCUAAUGAUGACCGAAAUACUGCAUGUAAUUGAGUUUAAAGUAAUACUAUUUAUUAUAUUUCUGUGUAUUUUCGUACUUCUGUGUGUGUGUCCAUCAGUAGUACUAGGAAUUUCACGUCUUGAAGUCAAAGCCAUUCUGUCUCCUUGUCAAGUUAUUUAUUGACAUGUAAAACACAAAAUUCUUGGUUUGACUGCUAGCUGAAAUUGGUAUCAACUGAAAAGCACUCAAAAGUGGUUAGAAAUUUUAUUGAUUCAAAUGCUCCCAUUAUCCACCUUGCAGAGAAUCUUCUUAGAGUACAUAAGUAAUAAUGUUCAUGUGUGCACAAUUUGGAAAUCAGAUGAUCAGUGAUUGGAAAUACAGCAGUUAAUGUUGUUGUUUGCAUCAGAACUGGAAAAGAUGAUCUUUCUUCAGUGCACAUGUUACAGUGCUGAUGUGCAGUACUGUUACAGAAGCGUCAUGUCGUUUGUAAUUGUGGCAGCGAGAAAAAAUGCAGGCUUGAGACACUCCACAUUACUCCAGUUGCAUGAAUAAGUCUUCCAUAUUUAUCACAAUAAUUUUUUUCUCUCAUUUGGCAUACUAGUUUUUAAGAUCUAGAGCUUACUGUCUUGUUUUCUUUUGGAGGCCACAGAUAGCAUUAGUUGUAAACU